AGAGAACAGCCUGAGUAGUCCCAGUGGUGAGGCCCUGAGGAGAAAAACUCCUUCACAGGGUAUUUGCAUUUACCACAUCGUGGAGGUUAGUGUCGUCUUCCCGAUGUCCCCAUUCUGCCUGCGACGCGGUGCUCAGCCCCAGCACAGUGGAAGUCCAGUGGGCUGAGGAAAGCAGCAGCUGCUGCUCUCAUCUGCCUUCUGUCUGGUGGACCUAAACCUAAUCCCUGGGACAAGGAUGGUGGGUGCCAAGGCCAGCCCCGGCCCCAGCACCUCCCUGGGCCUGGCACAGCAGCGCAGCGGAAGCAGCAGUGUCCUAGUGAGAAGCCCCUUCUGUCAGGUGUGCUGCUGUGGGCCUGCUCCUUGUGCCAGCUGCUGCCACUCUAGGUGGCCCUUUCUCACCGCAUCCACCUGCAGCCGCUUGUUCUACAUCUUCCUCCAUGUGGGGGCCUCAGCAAUCUGCUGCCUCCUGCUGUCAAGGACAGUAGUGGAAAGGGUGUGGGGCAAGACACACAGGAUCCAGAUGCCCUCAGGCUUGUGUGCCCACCUGUUUGGCCUCUCUGACUGUCCAGUGCUCAGUGGUUCUGGGGCUGUGUACCGAGUAUGUGCAGGAACCGCCACCUUCCACCUGCUGCAGGCUGUGUUGCUGGUCCACCUCCACUCCCCCACCAGCCCGCGGGCACAGCUGCAUAACAGCUUCUGGCUCCUCAAGCUGCUGUUCCUGUUAGGUCUCUGUGCCCUUGCCUUCUGCAUUCCUGAUCAGCAUUUCUUCCCAGCCUGGCAUUACAUUGGCAUUUGUGGAGGCUUUGCAUUCAUCCUACUACAGUUGGUGCUUAUUACAGCUUUUGCCCAUUCCUGGAACAAGAACUGGCAGACAGGUGCAGCUCAAGACUGUAGCUGGUUCCUGGCUGUCGUGCUGGCCACCCUAGGAUUCUACAGUAUGGCAGGUGUGGGAGCUAUGCUCCUAUUCCGCUACUACACACACCCAGCUGGCUGCCUGCUCAACAAGAUGCUCCUCAGUCUGCACCUUUGCUUCUGUGGCCUCAUCUCCUUCCUCUCCGUCACUCCUUGCAUCCGCCUCAAGCAACCCCGCUCUGGCCUUCUACAAGCCUCUGUCAUCAGCUGCUAUAUCAUGUAUCUGACCUUCUCUGCGCUGUCCAGCCGUCCUCCAGAGAGAUUAAUCCUUCAAGGACAGAAUCACACCUUGUGCCUGCCUGGCCUGAGUAAAAUGGAACCCCAAACACCAGAUACCUCUCUAGCAAUGCUGAGUGCUGGCAUCAUGUAUGCCUGUGUGCUUUUUGCUUGCAAUGAGGCCUCCUACCUGGCUGAGGUAUUUGGACCCUUGUGGAUUGUCAAGAUUUACAGCUAUGAGUUUCAGAAGCCCUCACUGUGUUUCUGCUGCCCUGAAAGAGUGGAGGCAGACGAAGGACAAAGGGGUGGGGCUGCUAGGCCAGCUGACCAAGAGACCCCUCCAGCUCCUCCAGUCCAAGUCCAGCAUCUUUCCUACAACUAUUCUGCCUUCCACUUCGUCUUCUUCCUUGCCUCACUCUAUGUCAUGGUUACCCUUACCAACUGGUUCAGCUAUGAGGGAGCAGAACUGGAAAAGACCUUCACCAAGGGUAGCUGGGCCACCUUCUGGGUCAAAGUUGCCUCAUGCUGGGCCUGUGUACUCCUCUAUCUGGGGCUGCUACUGGCACCACUCUGUUGGUCCCCCACCCAGAAACCCCAGCCCCUUAUUUUCAGGCGACGAAGGCGACACCACCACUGCAUCGUAUCCCCAGAUAACAAAUAUCCUCCAGUCUAAGUCCCUUUCACAAAUGGGCUCCCCUGACAUUGUACUCCUAGAGUUGGCUAAAGGGGAGCUGUCCAGCCCAGCUGAAUACAUCAAGGAUACAAUGGGGAGUUAUUUCCCUUUAGGCUAAAGUCAGUACUAUGUCUGAACUGGAAGAAGUGGUCAAACACACUCUAAUGCGCUGGGCAGUGUCUGACUCACUGGAGCUACUGUUCCAUCUGCAUCCCAGCUCAAGAGCCUAACUCCCAAACCAGCAGCUCAGGAACCACUGCUGAUUUUAGCAGACAGUGUGGCACCAGCCCUUUCCUGGCUCUUGGGCUGGAAGUAGGGGUGGGGAAAGACCAACAGGGACUGAAGACAGCUCUGCCCUUGGAGAAAGGAAAAUAAGCAGUUCAGCCCUGGGCACAGGGAUAUAAGAAGCCCAGAACCACAGAACAAACCAGGGCAUUGGAAGAAAGGAGCAGAGGCUACCCCAGGCUUUAAUUCUGAUCUUGAGGUCAAGGGAAGCGGGAAGACAAACACCACCCUCAUUCCAUGAGGAAUGACAGAAGAGAAUGUUAACAUUUGACAGCAUCUGACCACGGAAGUCGGUGAGCAGCAGGAUUUUUUGGUCAACUUUCAAGCAGACGAACAAACUGAGGAAGAAUGAGGAAGAGGGGCAUAAACACAGAUCUUGCAGCCUUCACUCUUAGGCCAACUCCAUCCCAGAGAUGGUGUUCAAGGGUGGGGAACAAAAAUCACAGAAAAGAAGUCUCUAUGGUUCUUAGAGGAUUCCUCUACCACAUAUCCGGAGUACUUGUUUGGUUGUCAUUGUAUAAUAAAGGCUUCUUCUGUGAUGUUUCA